AUGGGCUCUCACGAGAAUAGUGAGGACAUUAUCGGGCGAAAGGUUGAUCGAUGUAUUUCAGAUGUGCUAAUUAAAACAGGAGCUGGGCUUUCCGUUGGUAUAAUCGUCUCUGUCCUGUUUGCUCGACGUCGGCUUUGGCCUCUGAUUUUCGGAACCGGAUUUGGAAUUGGUAUGGGGGUUUCAAACUGCAACAGUGAAUUCAAGCAACCGCUACCCUUGCAAUCUCAUAUUAUCAAAGCUCAGAAGAAAUCAGACUGA